AUGGCGACCGCUCCAUCUCUCCUUCGCCGGGCGCUUCUCUACGUCCCGGGAGCGUCCCAGAAGAUGCUCGCAAAGACGCAAGCUCUCAAAAUUGACACAGUGAUAUACGAUCUUGAAGAUUCUGUCGCGCCGGAUGCCAAGGCUGCGGCACGAGGGCUCGUUGCGCGACAUCUUGCGGAUACUUCGAUGAGCAGCAUUUCCAGGUCUCCGAGGGAGGUGGCUGUGAGAAUCAACGCCGUUGAUACAGGACUGGCUCUUGAGGACCUCACAGAGGUCUUGAAAUCGGGGGAUAACCUCGACACGAUUGUUAUUCCUAAAGUCCAGGGCCCUGAGGAUCUUCACUUUGUCGCCGAUAUUGUGCGCCAUGUAGCUCCUCAUCGGUCAGUGAGAGUCAAUGGUUCUGAAUCCCCAGCUUAUAAAACCACCUCUCGCCCUCUCAACAUUCUAGCGCUUAUCGAGUCCGCCCGAGGUCUCUCUGAUAUCAAUUCCAUCUGCCGAGCGGCGCCGACUACGGGCUUGUCGGGCCUUGCAUUCGCUGCUGAAGACUUUGCAACCGAGCUCGGGUUGUCACGACUUCCCGAUCGACGAGAGCUGCUUUUUGCACGCAGCUCCAUCGUCACUGCAGCAUUAGCGCACAACUUGCCCUCCGUUAUCGAUCUGGUAUCUACAGGCGUCCCGUCAGACGGGGAGUCAAGGGCAGCUCUCGAACAUGACAGUCUGGAGGGUCGUGCUCUUGGGUUUACAGGAAAGCAGUGCAUCCAUCCCCUCCAGGUUGAGAUUGUCCAGAAGGCAUUUGGCCCAUCGGAGGAAAUCCUGCGGUGGGCGGUGAAGGUUCAGCAGGGCGAUGCGGCUGCUAGGGCAGAGGGAAAAGGUGCAUGGAAGUUGGAUGGGAAGAUGAUUGAUGCACCAAUCGUGAAACGAGCAUUGGCCCUGCUUGAGCGGGCACGGCUGUGUGGUAUUGAUAUCACGGUGUUUGAGUAG